AUGCUUCGGUUUCCUUCUCCUGUUGAAUGCACUGUCGCUUCUGCUCUUCUGCUUCUAUCUAACACCACACCUCUCUCUCCUCCUCCUUUAAAGCUCCGUGUUGAUGGAGAGGAGAAGAAGAAGUCUGCGAAAGAAAGAAGUGAUAGAACGAGCAGUAGUGAAGAGGAGAGCUUGAGCUUGGUGUCUAGUGGCUCCAAAUCCUGUUUUUCAUCUCUUACUAGUGAUGGAUCGUCGUUUAAGGAGAUUAGAGGUCGCAAGCUACGGAGCGUCGCUGUUGUGUCUCGCUGCCAUGAAAUGAAGCUCAAGGUAGCGCGAAAGAAGCGCUCGAAGGUGGACUGGAGCUCCGGUCACCAGAAGUCUGUCAUGCUAUCUCCGCCAGAGGAGGAAGCAGCGGCGUCGACAGAGUCAGGUUCGUGCUUGUCAAGCACUUCCAGCGCUGCUUCAAGCCCGCGAAGCCACUUUAUGGAAAGGAACGGAUUAAUGAUAUUGAAGCCGGCUCGUCAUGAUCGUGAGGAGCCAAAGAGGACCAGAUCUGGCUCUGGCUCUGGCUCUGUCUCUGUCUCGCGUUACCUGAGCAGCCGAGCCGAAGCAAUAUUAAAGCUGCUGUCAAGUGAUUGUUUCUCUGAAUUGAGGAUUCGUCAAGUGCUAGGCGACAGUCCUAGCACAAGCAAAGCUUUGAGAAUGUUGUUAAGGCAAGAAGAGGUGAAAAGAUCCGGUAGAGGAGGGAGACGUGACCCAUUUAUUUACAAGGGAGUUUCUUGUAGAGAUAUGGGGAAGUAUGUGGAAUUGUUAGAUGCUUUGAGAAUAGCUGGAAGAUUUUACUCUCAUUGUCCACAAACUGCUCGCAAUUUCUACCAUCCUCCCUCUAACUUCGAGGACCAAGGCCACCACCAGCACCAUAGCCACAACGGCGGCAGUGGGAAUAAAGCGCCGACUCAAGACGCUGUUCGGGUGGCCAGAUGUGGAGUCAAGGCAGCAAAGGGUUUUGAUGCUACCGACUUAGUCUUCUAUUCAGUCUUGUAA